AUGGGACAGUCAUCGAGGCCACUUGUUGAAACGUUCUCAGCUGCAACGACAACGGGACCAGCACCGUACAAACCACCCGAGACAGGACUGUUGUCCAAGCUCCCAGCAUCAUGGGUUCCCUACGCUGAAUUGAUACGACUUGACAAGCCUGCUGGAACAUACUACCUCUUCUUCCCGUGCCUGUUUUCCACCCUCAUGGCUGCCCCAAUGGCUAUGCCUAUGGCAUCCCCAGGCUCUGUCAUUGGCACUUCACUCCUUUUCUUCUCUGGAGCUCUCAUCAUGAGAGGGGCUGGCUGUACCAUCAACGAUCUGUGGGACCGGAACCUCGACCCUCAUGUGUCGCGAACUCGGCUCCGACCUAUCGCUCGCGGUGCCAUUACUCCUUUCAAAGGCCUUGUGUUCACUGGAUGUCAACUUCUUACCGGACUGGGAAUACUGUUACAGUUUCCCCUACCUUGUCUGUUCUAUGGAGUCCCCAGCCUGAUAUUGGUGGCCAGUUAUCCGUUGGCUAAGAGAGUGACGUAUUACCCUCAGGCGGUCCUGGGCCUUACCUUUUCCUGGGGAGCAAUCAUGGGCUUCCCAGCACUUGGCAUUGAUUUGAUAUCGCAUACGACUGCGCUGACCGCUGCAGCGUGUCUAUAUACCUCGAACAUUGCAUGGACAGUGCUAUAUGACAUGAUCUAUGCUCAUAUGGAUAUCAAGGACGAUGUCAAGGCAGGAAUCAAGAGCAUCGCGCUGAAGCAUGAUGCCGAAACUAAGCAAGUGCUUACAGGACUGGCGGCCGCGCAGAUCUCGCUUCUUGCUGUUGCUGGAUAUGCAGCAGGUGCUGGGCCAGCUUUCUUUAUCGGGAGCUGUGGAGGAGCAAUGGUCACGCUUGGGCUUAUGAUUAAACGAGUCGACCUCAAGAAUGUAAAGGAUUGCUGGUGGUGGUUCGUUAAUGGCUGCUGGAUAACUGGCGGGGUGGUCAGUCUAGGCCUGGGUGCAGACUACGCCAUCAAAUAUGCCGAAGAGCACGAAGAAGGAAAUCGUCCCAGAGCUGAGUGUUAG